AUGGUCAAAGGCAAUGUCGAGAACGUGCAAGAAGCUCUUUUACGUAUCAGAGGUCUCCUUUGCAAGGUCGUUGCUCAGAACAGCCCAGUCCAGAGACUCUACCUGGUCCAAAACGAUUGUCAGAAGGUCAUUCUUACAGAACUUUACCUACCUGUGGUCAAUCAAGCAGGUACAUUGCUAGAGCCACGGGUNGAAAAGACAGUGGAGAGUGUCGGAGCCACAUUGAGAGUGGAGGAUGUUGCUCUCAACGCAAAACGUAUGAAGGAUCUUGUCAUUCAGACUCUGAGAAAGGUACACUGGCACCAAGGUCAUAUUGACUUCAGAGCACACCUUGGAAACCUCAUCCUGGAGACCUACGAGCCUUUCGGCGAUAACAGCAAGAGUUUGUGCGACUAUAAGGAGAUGAUCUCGGACUCAAAUUUCCGAGCUAGAAUCACCGAAGAGUAA